GUUCGCACUUGUUGCAUUUCCGCCACGAGUAGCGGUUAUCAACGGCAAUUCUUACAGCAGCUACGAUCGUCGUCGUACGCACAUAGUUCUAUACUGUACAAGUAUACGACCGUGUAUACGACGUUUUCCGCGUCCAUCAAUUAUUUUUUCUUUGGCCGGAGUUUUUUUGGUGUUAGCGUGUUAUAAAUACGUUGUUUCUCCACGAAAGUCGGCUUGGACUCCAUCGAAAUGAACAUCGACAGUGUGCUCGUCACUGUGGGCAUGGGCCGUUACCAGUUCACGGGCUGCGUGCUUUUUGGCCUUAUGAUCAUGUAUUCGAACGUGUCACCGGUUACCUACGUCUUCACCGCCGGUGAUUUGAAAUACAGGUGUAUGGUACCGGGAUGUGACUCACCGGACCCGGCCGAACGGACUUACGAUCCGGAAUGGUUGCGGUUCACGACGCCUUACCGGGAAGACACAGGACUGCCACGCAAGUGUCAGCGGUAUUCCAGGAAUCCGGCCAACGGUUCGCGGUGCGCGCCUGGUGAUUUCGAUGGCAACGCGAUGGAAUUGUGCAGUGACGGAUGGGUGUUCGAAGACAUCGAGAACACCAUCGGCACGGAGUUUGGACUUAUGUGCGAGGAAAAAAAAUGGAAGCUGUCGAUGGUGGGCACGGUCAACAACUUCGGUCAGUUUAUCGGCAUACCUGUGUCUGGAAUCAUUGCUGACAAGUUUGGUCGAAAGUUUGCCAUGGUUUUUUGUGCUGUUACAUCGGCCAUAAUUUCUAUCAUUCAGUCGUUUUCGGUCAAUUACCAGAUGUUCUUGGUUUUGGAAUUGUUGACUUCCAUCGUUUCUAGCGGUGUUUAUACAGUCACUUUCGUAUUGGCGAUGGAGUUGGUGCUUCCUAAUCACCGAGUACUAUACUAUUCGAUUCUGGAAUGUUUCUAUCCCAUUGGUGCCAUAUUGGUGGCUUUUAUCGCCAGCCUAGUGAAAGACUGGAGGCUUUUGUUGCAGAUAGCCAACAUCCCGGGACUGCUGUUCUUGUCAUACUUUUGGCUAACGGAAGAAUCGAUGAGGUGGUUGGAAAUGCAAGGCAAACACGACAGAGUGAUCGACGUGCUCAAGAGAAUAGCUGGUAUAAAUAGAAAGUCUUUACCUGUACUACGUCCUAACGCACAAAUAGAGACGACAAAUUACGACGACGAUAACGACGCAAAAUACGUCAAUAUCCUAAAAGACGUGAUCGGCUCACCAACAAUAUUAUUUAGAUUGAUCAGAUGUUCACUCGUGUGGAUAGCGAUAACGCUAGUAUACUACGGGCUGACGAUAUGCGCGGCUGACAUCGCCGGUGACAAGUAUCUGAACUUCUCGUUGGCAUCGUUCGUCGAGAUUCCUGCCUGCCUGUUAAACUGGUUAAUUAUGGAAGGGUUGUCCCGAAAAAUGUCGUUGUCCUGCAUGUUCAUCUUGAGUGGUUUCACCAGUGUCCUAUACAACUUAGUUCCGGACUCAUUCCUUCUAAUAAAGUUAUCGAUAUUCUUGAUUAGUAAGCUUGCAAUAUCCGUCGCAUUUUCCGUCAUCUACAUGCUGACGGUGGAGAUAUUCCCAACCAGAAUGCGAGCGACCCUGUUAUCCGUGUGCUCUAUGAUCGGUCGAGUCGGAUCCAUGUUGGCGCCACAGACCACGCUUAUGGCUGAAUACUUUGGCAGUUACGUGACCAUGCUUGUGUUUGGUGUGACGGCGCUUGUGGCCGCCGGGAUCACCAUGACUCUUCCGGAAAGCAAAAACAUCAAGUUGCCCGACACCAUCGUCGAAGCCGAACGGAUCGGGAUUGACCGUCUGCUACCAGAUAACAUCGAAAACUCUUAGUCCUACAAUAGUAGUAUUAAUAAUAAUAUUUUUUACGCACCCGCAAAACGUAUUUAUAAUGUGCGCGUCCCGUACGAGAACGCCACGCAGGGUGGUUUUCACGAAUGUUUUCCAAUUAAACAUAUAUAAAUAGUAUAUUGUUUAAUAUAUACGAUGUUUUUAAUUAGUUUAUCGUUACGGGACACCCCAUAUACGUAAUAAAAAAAAUUGUUAGUGCUCUUCCCAGCCUUUCGUGACAAAUAAGUUUCGACGUUUCGCGUGCACAUAUAAUUUUCCAACUACGCCAUUAAAAAAUGUGUAGAAAAUAAGAGCAUAAUUAUGGUGAGACAGGUCUGUGUACCCCAUCAAAUCGAUAUUCCGAAAAGAGUGCAGUGAUCUUUCAAUUCAUUUUUCUUAAUCAGAGAACCAUGCUUUCGAAAAUAAUACAUCAUUAUUCUGUUUAUAUUGUAUAUGUGUAUCUAAUAUAAAUAUUAUACCAGUAAAAUAUAUUUCCGUUCGUAACAGUAGAUAUAGGGUGAUUCACCAGGUAUUUUAUGUAUACCUUGAGCAGUGACCAACAUAUUUUUAAAAUACUUAAAUUGUUUAUACCAUUUCAGAAGUAUCAUGUGUAGAUACAAAUUACAAACGUAUUUUUUUCAAAUAAGAACCAACUUUUUUGACUGUAAAUUAUUGUUAAGCAGAUAUUUUUUAUUUAUUACUGUGGAUGAAUCUAAAUUCAAAUUUAAACAAGUAAAUUUUCUACUCUACCUAUGAGUGAUUAAAAUAUAUGUAUCAACCUUAAAUGGAUAAUAGUUCUUAAUAAUUAUUUUACAAAAACAUAAAUAUGAGUAAUAUUCAGUAUAUUAUGAAAAUAGAGGAGUCAUCCUAAUAAUAGCACUGAUUAAGUACUUAAUCAAUGGUAUUAGUAAUUAACUAUAAUUAAACAAUUAUGAACACUUUUCACGCAUGACACAUAGGUGUAUUAAAGAACUUUUUAACUUAUAUCCAUUAUAACUAUUAUAAAUUAUAAUAACUAUAUUAUAAGUUGUUUAUAAUAAUAUACAUAUAUUAUAACACUGUUUCUUUUAAUAUUUUAUUAUGUACAUAUAAAUAUAAAUAUAAGUAUACAAAUUGAGUUACCUAA